AAACUGUCUGACUAAAGCUGAUCUUAUUUUUACAGCUUAUACUACCUGUGAUGAACAUGAACAGCAAGCAGAGUGCGAUACAGCUAGCUGGCACAGCGUGUCUGUAUAACCUCACUAAAUCGUCCCUAGGGGAACAGAUUCAUCCUCAUAUACUCAGAGAUGUCGUUCACACAACACUGACAGCGAUGAGUAAUUUCCCAUCCCACGCCCAAUUACAGAAGAAUGGACUUCUUACUUAUGCUGUGAUCGUAUUUUACACGAAGUAUCGUUUGACAAAUAUUGGUGCGCCAAGUUGGUGUUAGACUGCCUUCUCGCCUUCAACGACCCAUCAGUCGACAGAAUGGCCGUUGCGAUAUGUUCUAUUCUUGCAGCUAAAAUUUCGACGACACAAACUGCACUCCUGGGAGCCAGGAGCAUGUACAUGAAGAAACUGUUAAGCUUAGUCAAGAAGAGGAUGGAGGAAGGCGUUGUGGACAUCACUCUGAAAUUUACUCUGUCUGCCCUGUGGAAUUUAACAGAUGAAUCUCCAGCCACUUGCCAGGUGUUCUUGAAGGAGGAAGGACUCAAAUUAUUUUUGCAACUUCUCACUGUGUUUUGCAAAGAUGCAGCUGUGGAGACAAAAGUUUUGGGCCUACUCAAUAACAUAGCAGAAGUUGCCCCUCUGAGAAGUGCGCUCAUUAAUGAGGGUUUCGUAGCUCAGUUGAAGUCCCUGCUAUGGUCCCCUAACGUGGACGUCAGCUACUUUGCCGCUGGUAUAGUAGCUCACCUUGUUUGUGCUAGUCAAGAGUCUUGGAAGCGAUCAAAUAUAUCGAAAGAAGACUUGCUGGAAGAACUUGGCAAGGUCGUCAUAAGUUGGGAGGAACCCAAGGAGGAAAUGGUUGCAUACCGAUCAUUCCAGCCUUUCAUCCCUCUACUGACAGCCCUGAACAUGCACCAGGUUCAACUCUGGGCAGUGUGGGCAUUGCAUCAUGUGACUACGAAAAACAGUAAACGCUACUGCCGCAUGCUUGUCAGAGAAGGCGUCGAAUGA